AUGGCAAACCUUGCUGAUUCUUUUCUAGCGGAUCUUGAUGAACUGUCAGACAAUGAAGGCUAUCCUGAAGAAGACAAUGCUGACGAAGCGGGUAGAGAAGAAGAAGAUGAUGAUGAUAUGCCUGACCUUGAGUCUCUUAAUUAUGAUGAUCUUGAUAGUGUCUCAAAGUUGCAAAAGACACAACGCUAUAAUGAUAUAAUGCAAAAAGUUGAAGAUGCACUUCAGAAAGGCACUGACUUCUCUAGUCAAGGUUUCAUCCUGGAAGAGGAUCCAGAGUACCAGCUUAUUGUUGACUGCAAUGCUUUAUCAGUAGAUAUUGAGAAUGAAAUAAUCAUAAUCCAUAAUUUCAUACGGGACAAGUAUAGGUUGAAGUUUCCUGAACUGGAGUCCCUUGUUCAUCACCCAAUCGAUUAUGCCCGUGUUGUCAAGAAGAUUGGAAAUGAGAUGGAUUUAACACUUGUAGAUCUGGAAGGGCUUUUACCUUCUGCAAUUAUAAUGGUUGUCUCAGUGACAGCAUCAACAACAAGUGGGAAGCCUCUUUCUGAAGACAAUUUGGAAAAAACCAUUGAAGCAUGUGACAGAGCCCUUACCCUUGAUGCAGCAAAGAAGAAAGUGCUUGAUUUUGUAGAGAGCAGAAUGGGGUACAUUGCACCAAACCUUUCUGCAAUUGUUGGCAGUGCUGUUGCCUCCAAACUGAUGGGUACUGCAGGUGGUCUGGGAGCACUUGCAAAAAUGCCUGCUUGUAAUGUUCAGUUACUUGGUGCAAAGAGGAAAAAUCUCGCUGGAUUUUCUACUGCCACUUCUCAGUUUCGUGUUGGCUAUCUUGAACAAACAGAAGUAUUUCAGAGCACCCCUCCAGCUUUAAGGACUCGUGCCUGUAGACUUAUUGCUGCAAAAUCAACUCUGGCGGCAAGGAUUGAUUCAAUCAGAGGUGAUCCAACUGGAAAAGCUGGACGGAACCUGCUAGAAGAAAUUCGUAAGAAGAUCGAGAAGUGGCAAGAACCGCCUCCUGCCAAGCUUCCAAAGCCACUUCCAGUUCCGGACUCCGAGCCUAAAAAGAAGAGAGGGGGUCGUCGUCUUCGAAAAAUGAAAGAAAGAUAUGCACAGACUGAUAUGAUGAAGCUUGCAAAUCGAAUGCAGUUUGGGAUUCCAGAGGAGAGCUCACUCGGUGAUGGCUUGGGGGAAGGUUAUGGCAUGCUUGGACAGGCAGGGAGUGGCAAGCUACGUGUCUCAGCUGGACAAAGCAAACUUGCUGCUAAAGUUGCCAAAAAAUUCAAGGAGAAGAGCUACGGUAGCAGUGGUGCAACUUCAGGAUUGACAUCCAGUUUGGCAUUUACACCAGUUCAGGGAAUAGAGCUGUCAAAUCCACAGGCCCAAGGAAACCUUCUUGGAGGCGGAACUCAAAGUACUUACUUUUCUGAGACCGGCACAUUUUCGAAGAUCAGGAGGACUCAAUAG